UCUUAUUCUUUUUAUCUCAUUCUUGUCCUCAAUCAAGACCCAUGGCCUGGACGGCAUUUGUUGUUUUUUCCUUUCCAUUUUUAACACUUGGUUCGACGUUUUACUUUUUUAUUGGACAUUAUUAUAGCAUGUUACUACCGGUAAGUAAGUUGACCUUGGUUCAUCCCAAUAAAGUCGUCUUAUUUAAUUAAAAUUUUUUUAGUCCCAUACAAAUCUUCCCGUAGAAAAUAUAUAAUUUUUCUAGUAUGAAUUUCAAGCAAGAUCUGCUUCCAAAGCCUUCAUUGAGAACGGUGAAACAUAACCCCUUUUUCUUGAACUCCUUUCCAUCACGAGAUCCGAUCUCUCAGGCUCAACCCACGGGUCAAAAUUAUUUACAGAGGAGGAAGAGGUGGAAGAUGGCAUCAUCGUCGACGAAUUCGCCAUGCGCCGCGUGUAAGUUCCUGCGACGCAAGUGCCAGCCAGAGUGCGUAUUUGCGCCAUACUUCCCACCGGACCAGCCGCAGAAGUUUGCUAAUGUUCACAAAGUUUUUGGGGCCAGCAACGUCACUAAAUUGCUCAACGAGUUGCACCCCCACCAGCGUGAGGACGCCGUCAACUCUCUCGCCUACGAGGCCGACAUGCGCCUCCGCGAUCCCGUCUACGGCUGCGUUGGAGUCAUCUCUCUCCUCCAGCACCAACUCCGCCAACUUCAGAUGGAUCUGACCUGUGCUAAAUCCGAACUCUCCAAAUAUCAGAACCUGCAGGGUCUCACUGCCAGCCACGGACUCAUAGCCGCCGCCGCAACUGCCACUGCUGCCACCCACACCCACAAUAACAAUCACCACCAUCCUCUACAUUUACAGUCCUCUUCACUCAACAACUUGGGAAUGGAGAUAAAUCUCAUUUCAGGCGGCGGCGGUGGCCGAGAACACUACCCCCACCAGUUUUUCCCCAGAGAUCGAGAACGAGACCAUCAUUCCCAUCAUCAGCAACAGAUGAUGAUUAGGAACUUUGAUGCCGGAAACAACUACGAUGCAAGCCUUCUGUCCAUGAACGCUGCUGCAGGGGGCAUUCAUGGCCAACUCAGUCAUCAGUUCCAGCAAACUAGGGCUGCUGCUGGCGACGACCGCCGAACCAUUGAUCCUUCAUAAUUAGGAUUUCCUCUUUUCCUUAUUUACUCACAACAACUUCAACCAAUUCCAUCAAAUUAAUUAAGGGUAUCAAGUACUAUCAAGAAACGAAGUUGGAAAUUUUUCAAAAGCCAAAAUAAACAGCGAUGAGAGGGAGAGAUGGGUGGAAGAGGUUGAAGGUUUUAUUUAAUUAAUCGAAUACCUGUUUUACAGACAAUUUAAUAUAUCUAACUUAUGUCUCUUUG